CCAUCGUUCACCUCAGGCGAACUGAUCACAACUACAUAUGCAUAUGCUGAACAGCAAACAUGGCAGGCACAGGAAGAAGAGUUCGUACGGACUUUACCACAGACGAGGACAUCCUCCUCGUGAAGUUCAUUGCGACAUAUAAUCCCACUAAGCAAAACAGAAGCGGAAACACGUUGUACAAGCGCCUUGUUGAAAAUGUCGACGGGAAAUGGAACUGGUCCAAGACACACCCGUGGCCGUCCUGGCGUGACAGAUAUGUGAAAAAUGCGGACGAGUUUGACAGGAAGAUAGCGAGGUAUCAAAAGAAGAAAGGAAUAAACUCGGAGAAACAGCCCUCGAGGGAGCCUGUGUUUUCGCCCUCUGACGAAGAAGAGGAAGACCGCGAGGGUCCACUCGAAAGAGACCUAGCAAAGGGAAAAAGCGCGCUGGCGUACAAGUCAGUUCUGAGCAGCGGAAAGCAAAGCGAGCGAAACUGGACAGAGACCAGCCAGAUAGUGAGAAGACCGAAGAGACAAGCCAAGUUCCUGUAGCUGGAACAAGUGACCAGGCUCGCAGUCCUGUUCAGGGACCGUCGGAAACUGUGUCUGACGUGCUUCCACCUCCGAAAUUCGCAAGCACUCUCAAUAUCCCCCUGCUCCCUUCUCGCGGUGAUACUCUGCCCUGUCCUAUCAUCCCAACCCAAUUCU